AUGAGUUGUACGGAAUCUUACAUCGGUUCUUCCAGUCCACCGACCACUUAUCCACAUUAUGGUGAGUGGACAUCACCCGAGAGCUAUAUAUCCACCUCAGCAACAUCUUAUCCUCCAACUUCAUCAUAUGGGCAUCAUUUACUGCCACCAAGUACUUCUCAUUGGGUUACAAAUGUUACCAAUUAUGCUCAAAAUCAACCCACCAAUAAUGCUCAUCCUACUGAACAAUCUCAUUCGGCCACUUCCACUGCUGUCACUACUGUUUCUACAGUUGCAGCUGCAGCUACAGCUGCUACGAUUGCAGCAGGCACUGCAAAUACGUAUAAAUGGAUGCACAUUAAACGUACUGUUGCUAAAUCAUCAGUGCCAAAACGACGUGUGGUGGAGGAUACGAAUGCGAUACGAACCAAUUUUACCACUCAUCAAUUAACGGAACUUGAAAAAGAAUAUUAUACAUCGAAAUAUUUAAAUCGAACAAGGCGGGCAGAAAUUGCAUCUAUCUUACAGCUGAAUGAAACUCAAGUGAAAAUAUGGUUUCAAAAUCGCCGAAUGAAAGAGAAAAAACGACAAAAAGAACAGGCCUUCCUGGCACGUGGUGGUAUACCGUUAACACCAUGCAAAGCACCUCCACAACAGAGAACGAUCAACAGGGAUGGUACCACCUGGUCCUCCGAAUCAUCUUCUGGUACUCCUAACGAUUCCCCGAAAUUAAUACCACCAUCUGUAUGA